UGUUUAUAAAAAAAUUGAAGUGAGUUCACUAUCCAAAUGCAGCCAAAAUAAUUGUCCAGUCACUCGGUUAUAACGUGCUACUCAUUCUACCUCAACGCGAUUUCAGUUUAAACUUUGAACUAUUCUAUAUACGAAAGAAGAAAGGAGGAGGAGAAGAAGAAUCCCAGCCCCACGUCCUAAACAAACCUAAAACCCACCGAAACACCAGAAACAGAUACUCACACACAACACCAAUUACUUAAACACCCGAUUUCUUUCUUCUUUCUUUUUUUUUUUCUCUCUCCUUUCACGAUGGCCACGCUCCAAUCGGAGCAGCUGAAGCAGCUCAAGGAAAUCUUCAUGCGCUUUGACAUGGACUCGGACGGCAGCCUUACCCAGCUGGAGUUGGCGGCCCUUCUCCGCUCCAUUGGCCUCAAGCCGUCUGGCUACCAGCUCCACGUCCUGCUCGCCAACAUGGACGCCAACGCCAACGGCACCAUCGAAUUCGACGAGCUCCUCGGCGCCAUCUUGCCCGACAUGAGCAAGCAGGUGCUCAUCAAUCAGGACCAGCUCCUGGAGGUUUUCCAGUCAUUCGACCGAGACGGAAACGGCUACAUCACCGCCGCCGAGCUCGCCGGCUCCAUGGCCAGAAUGGGUCACCCUUUGACCUACCACGAGCUCUCCCAGAUGAUGCGCGAGGCCGACACCAAUGGUGACGGCGUCAUUAGCUUUAACGAGUUCUCGACCAUAAUGGCCAAAUCCGCCUCUGAUUUUCUUGGCCUGAAGGUCGCACAGCCACCUUGGCCGGAGAGAUCAUAGCACGAUUUUGUUUUGUCCACCCUUUUCAUGUCUUUUUCUCAGCUUUUCACGGAGUACUCGUAAUUAGUCGACCAUCAAUUAUAA